AUGGAAGAUCUUUUACUGGUCGUAUCUUUCGCAAUACUAUCUGGUGCACUAAAAGAACUGACCUCUUACAUAUUUAUGUACCGAAGGCCUGAUUUCCAAGAAAAGUUCAAGGAACUUACAAAGCGUUACGAAGAAUACCAUCGGACCUUCGUCAUAUUCGAGCCUCGUACAUCGCAUCGCAACUGUUUCACCGUUGUCACACAACGACUGCUCGACAUCACAAAGGAGCUGCGUGAGCUACAAACGGUUUAUAAUUGUGUCAAUGGUUUAGCAUUCAUGCUUCUCAUGCUUUUGGUCAUGAGCUACUUCGAGGGUUGCGUAGUUGCCAAAUUACCCUUCACGCCCAUAUGGCCCAUUAGUAUAUUCACAAAAGGCGACGCUAUUGGUACCGAUCUCACCAGCUGCUCGGCGACAUGUAUAUACACUGUGUUGUCUAUGUUAGUUAAGGAUGCUAUACAGGUCUUAUUGGGUAUAUUUGAUAAAAUGACACAUAUAAUAGAAACAUCGGAUGUAACGAAGAUUGAGCGAGUGGGAAUCCACUCGCACAUUCGCGGACUAGGCCUGGAUGAACAUUUGAACGUGAAAUACCAGGCCGAUGGCCUUGUGGGUCAAGUACAAGCGCGUAGAGCUGCUGGAUUGGUUGUCAAAAUGAUGAAUAGCGGUGUUAUUGGAGGAAGAGGCAUUCUGCUCGCUGGGCAACCAGGCAGUGGCAAAACUGCAAUAGCAAUCGCAAUUUCGAAGGCAUUAGGUGAAGAUACGCCAUUCACACACCUAAGCGCUUCGGAAGUAUACUCCAUGGAAAUGAGUAAAACUGAGUGUCUGCUUCAGGCGUUCCGACGCUCCGUUGGGGUACGGGUGUCCGAGGAAAGUGAAGUUAUAGAAGGUGAAGUUACCGAAAUUGAAAUAGAUCGGUUUACUAACCGUCAAGUAGACCCAACUUCGUUUAGUUCCGCACCCACGACAGUAGGAAAAAUGACUAUCAAGACUACAGAUAUGGAGACUCUCUAUGACGUUGGACAUAAGCUGAUAGAAGCUAUGCGCCGUGAAAAUAUCACUGCGGGAGAUGUCAUUAGGAUAGAUAAAGCAUCAGGUACUGUACGUAAACUCGGACGUACAUACGCACGCGCCCGUGAUUACGAUGCUACGGGACCAAACGUCAAAUAUGUACCAUGCCCUUCGGGAGAACUGCAGAAGCGACAGACAGUCACACACACAGUCACAUUGCAUGACAUUGAUGUGAUAAACAGUCGCUCGCAAGGGUUCCUCGCUUUGUUUGCAGGUGAUACCGGUGAAAUCGACAGUCAGAUACGCACACAAAUCGAUGCCAAGAUACGAGAAUGGCAAGCUGAUAAUAGGGCAGAAAUACUACCGGGAGUACUAUUCAUCGAUGAGGCCCACAUGCUAGACAUCGAAUGCUUCUCAUUCCUAUGCCGUCAUCUCGAAAGUGAAAUGUGCCCGUUUCUCAUAUUGGCAACGAAUCGUGGCAUUACCAAUGUACGUGGAACAAACUACAAGUCGCCUCACGGUAUACCACUAGAUCUACUUGACAGACUCCUCAUCAUACCAACAUACCCAUUCCAGCCAGAAGAUACCGAAAAGAUCAUUCUUGAACGUUGCACAGAAGAAGACGUAGAGCUAGAUGAUGAAUCACUACAUUUACUGUGCAAAAUUGCAUCGGAAACAUCCUUGCGAUACGCUUUGCAACUCAUUAAUGCAGGUGACCUUAUACGUCGUAGAAGGGGUGGUAAGAGCGUAACAUCAGCCGAUGUACGUAGAGCUUUCGGAUUAUUCGUGGACACAAGACGCAGUACCAAGUAUCUGGUUGAAUUCCAGCAUGACUUCAUGUUCUCUGAACUUCAAGUUGAUGAUGACGAGAUGCAAGCGGAGCCUGAGGCACCAGCUGAAUCUCAAAUGAAAGUUGACUCUGAAGCCUAA